GGGGGUGGGAUUUCAGCAGCACGGCUGGAUUCUGUCUCGGUGGCUUUGCAAACCAAAGGAGACGCCACCUCCCUGCGGGGUGCCCAGCUCAGGGGGCAGAUGGUGUUCGUGGGGAAGCCUUGCUCCUUAUUUUGGGGGGCAUCAGAAAGGGGUAUGGGCUGCGAGGGAGGUCAGGCUGCUCCUGGUGCUCAUCCUUCUAGCCCUGCUGCAGCUGUGGCUUUUUCCACCCCGUUGGUUCUGCUGGGUGUCCCACCCGAGAUGGUCUCAGGCGCUUUCCCUGGUUGGUGUCCGGGUGCGUGUGUCCGUCCCGUAGCGGUUCCUUGGUGUGACACCCGCAGCGUUUCUCUAAAGAGGGCUCCUGGGCCUAUAAAUAGCUGCAGGCACACGUAGUGUCUCCGGACACAGAUACAUUUCCAUUAACAGAAAUAGGCUCGGGGCUGGUAGUGGCGCGGAACAGCCCGUCAGAAGAAAGUGAGCCACUAUGAAAGAGGAGGAGGUGAGGUCUGAACAUCUCCUCCCGCCCGAGAGCAGUGACGGGAGGAAUCGAGGUGCAACGGUUCUCGUCACCUACAGCGGGCAGGAGUACGCGGGGCUGGCGGAGCAGCACAACCCCCCCAGCGACAAGGUGAAGGUGCUGCAGCCCGAGCAGGGCUUGCACGCGUGCUGGAGGGUGCAGGACGUGCGGCCGGCCGCGGCCGAGGCGCUGCAGAGAUCUGUGUCCAGCAGUAUCGACGUCCCCAAGAGGAAAGACGAUGCCGCCGUGGAGAUGGACGAGAUGGUGGCGGCCAUGGUGCUGACCAGCCUCUCCUGCAGCCCCGUGGUGCAGAGCCCUCCUGCCAGCGACAGCGGCAUCCCCCCCUCGCGGGCAGCGUGCGAUCCCUGGAAGGAGAGCGGCGACGUGUCGGACAGCGGCAGCAGCACCACCAGCGGGCACUGGAGCGGGGGCAGUGACAUCUCCACCCCCUCGCCCCCCCACCCCGAGGGCAGCCCCAAGCACUCCAGCGAGGCCCUGAGCUCCCCGCCGGCUGACGACGGCUUCGAGACCGACUCCGACCCCUUUCUCCUCGACGAGCCAGCUCCGCGGAAGAGAAAGAACUCGGUGAAGGUGAUGUACAAGUGCCUGUGGCCGAGCUGCGGCAAGGUCUUGCGCUCCAUCGUCGGCAUCAAGCGGCACGUCAGGACUCAGCACCUGGGAGACAGCGCCGACUCCGACCAGCGGAAGCGGGAGGAGGAUUUCUACUACACCGAAGUGCAGGUGAAGGAAGAGCCCGCGCCGGAGGCGGCCGCCAGCCCCACGUCUGUAUCCGCGUCCGCUCCCAUCAUCAUCCAGCAAGCCCUGGCCAAGCCGGAGGCUCUGCUGCUGGAACCGCCGGCGCUGGAGCCGGCCCUGGCCAGCAGCGCGCUCAGCCAGUCUGCGCCCAGCUCCUUCUGGCACAUCCAGGCCGAUCACGCCUACCAGGCCUUGCCCUCCAUCCAAAUCCCAGUGUCCCCCCACAUCUUCACCAGCAUCAGCUGGGCCACUGCCACCUCGACUCUCCCGUCCCUGUCACCGGUGCGGAGCCGGUCGCUCAGCUUCAGCGAACCCCAGCCGCCCACGCCGAUGCUCAAGUCCCACCUGAUCGUCGCCUCGCCGCCCCGCGUGCCCCUCAGCACCAGGAAAGUCCGCGGUGAAGCCAAGAAGUGCCGUAAGGUGUACGGCAUCGAGCACCGGGACCAGUGGUGCACGGCUUGCCGGUGGAAAAAAGCCUGCCAGCGCUUCCUGGACUGAGCCUUCCCUCCCUGCUCCCACCCGGGGAGCACCGGAGUCCCUCACUGCUGCAACCAGGGACCUUGGAGGCACCUCCUGGGACUCCAGAAGAGACCUCCAGAGCUGCGUGUAAAUUCCUCCUUCUGUAUAUUGUACAUCAGCUGGGUUUGCUCUUUUUUUUUUUUUAAAAAAAAAACGUUUUCCAACUUUUUUUUUUUUUUUUUUAACAUGAAGAAUAUCUCCCUUUGUACAGUAAAAGCUGGGGCUGGGAGGAGGAAGCCGGCGGCUCGGCUGUCGGGGGGAGCUUCUAUAGGUGAUCUGGGGACCAAAGAGCUUCCUGCAUUUCCCAGGUCAGCACUAAAGCCUCCUGAACCGCCGCACCGUGGCCGGGGUGAGGCGUUGAGGCAGCUUUUCCCUGUCCCUUCGCUACCUAGAAAGUGCAAAUCCCUCGUGUCCUUUAAGGGAUGGUGUCAAUAACAACGAGAGCUUUAAAAAAUGCUGUUGGGCUGUUGCUAGCAGGGCAGGGAUGAUUCUCGGGGCAGGAGUCACGGGUUUCCCUCCCCAGUGCCCGUGCGGAUGUGGGCUUUAUUCGCGUUGCAUCGCACGGUAGCUCGAGUCUGUGCGUGUCUGGUUCCAGUUUGUUGGUUUGGAGGGAAGAAAACCUUGUAAUCAGGAAAACUGUCGGGGUUUUUAAAGCAAAAGCAGCUAUUCCUUCUCAUUUUAGGCUUUGUACCUCUGCUUCGUUCCGUGAAAAUCUACAUCGUGGCCCUCACCGCGUCUUUUGAAGCCAGGCUGAACAAACUUUUUUGUUUUUUAAAAGAACUUCUGGCUUCAUCAGUAAAGGCAGCUGGGAGGACUGGGAAGGGCUUUCCCUUAGCAUCACAGCACGGCUCUAGUUCUGGCAAGCCACGUCAAAAUUUGCUUCGCACCCCAUCUGCAGCGGGGCAGGAAUCUGGACUUUUUUUUUUCUUGCUGCGUUUUUGAUAUUAUUUGGUAUUUGCGGGUUACUCACAGCCCGUAACCCGCAGCCGCCAAGCCGAGAGCGAUCCCAGCGCGAGGCUUGAGCCUGGGGUGAUUUUAAGGGCCACUCAGUACAACUAAAAUCCCCUGUAAAACCAAAUCGUGUGGCUCUGACAAAUUAUUUUGCUGCUGGAUGGACGCGAGCCCUGUCGUUGAAGGGGACAGGGGAGGCGAAACGUGUUUAUAUAUACACAUAUUACUGGUGCUUGCCAACCUUUUUUUUUUUCCUGUUUUAUAAUUUUGUAUAUAUAAACAGAAUAUCAUUCCAGAACCUCUCUUCUCUCCUCCUGGAGCCUGCAUUAUGCUGGGGUGUUGGAAAAGCCCUUUCCUCUCCUGCUGGCAUCGGCCGUCCCCAGAGCAGGGGCUAGCGCUUCACUGCAACAGCGGGUUUUCAGGUUCGUGCCCUGCGUCCUGGUAGCAAUUAACUGCGCGGUGGGCUUCUUGCACUACUCAAAAACUUGUGUUUAGUUUGUUUUCUUUGUAAAAAUGCCCCCAGGCCUUUGCUGCCAGCUGACCUUUGGGUUGCAGAGCCAGCAGGCCCCCAGUUUGCCGCUGGCCGUCCCGCUUUGCCCCACGCAGCCCAGCGCGGUUGUCCCUUGGGAAGGGCCCUGCCGCGGGCACGGGUGGGUUUUUGGUGAUGCUGAAGGUGCAGGUCGCUCUCUGUGGGGUGUCCAGAAGUGACAAAGUGCUGCUUUGGGAAGUCCCCCUGCUGCACCUCGUUGUGUUUUCCCUUCCCAAAUUUUAAGAGCCUUGAAGCAGCACCCGGAGCAUGGACAUAAAAUCACAAAAAGGGUGAAUUUGUGGUUCCCUCAGCCCCUGUGCCUUUGCUCCCGCGACUCAGAGAGACCCAGAGAUUCUCCCUUCUUGCUUUCCAUGCCCUUCCUGCCCCAAAACGGAGGUGGGGCCCUGUUUGGGUCCCCAUCACUCAGGAAACGUCACACAAGCCAUGCGGGGCCGUCGCCGCCCCGGGGCUUCGCCCCCCAAAGCAGGGUGCAGCGUCCGACAAUCCGCACCAACCCCUCACCCUUCUUCUGCUUCAGGUCAGGGUUUUUCUCGCUGCCGGGAGCCUGGGUUUGUGAAAAAGGAAAUAACUUUCUGUUAAAGGUGAUUUUUGUAGGAUAAAAGGUGUCAAUGACUCUGGAAUAAGCAGGCACGCGUGGUGUGCUGGGUCCCCAGGUGAGACGGGGGCGCGGUGGGACCCCCCAAAAUUUGGGGGAUUUUGCCCCCGCCACCCCCAGCCCGUGCAAUGCCUCCUCCCCCAGGGAAUAGCACUUACUGCCAGGAUUUUCCUGCACAGGAAUGUUUUGUAUCAGUGUUUUAUCCAGGGGGCGGGAGGCGCCCACAGCUGAUUUUCUGAGGGCUUUCGCGGUACAGACUUAACUGGACAAAAUCGUCCUUUUGCUUGUGGCUCUUUCCUUUUUUGUUCUUGUUUUUAAUGGAGAAACUGGUGCAGGGUUGCUUUUUUUUCUUUCAGUUUGGGACUAUUUCGUUUUUUUUUGUUUUUUUUUUUUUAACACUUCAAAACAGAAAAGCCUUCUCGUCUUUCCGCAGCGAUGACAGCAGGCUUCCACAACGCCUGUCGGGGUGGCUGGCGUCUCAUUAUUUCGCUUUUCUCCCCUUUCCCAUCCCUUUCCUUCAUUAUUUUUUAACUCGCUUCCAGCCAGCUCCCGACCAUCUUUUCUGCUCUCAACCAACUCCUCUUCAGCCCCAGCCUGUAAACUCAGCUUGGAGAGUUUUCCCUGGUCCGGCUGCCUCCCACGUGUAUGUAUGUAUAUAGGAACCUCUUAAUUGGGCACUAAUUGGAGGCUGCUCUCCCUCUCCAGCCCGGCCAUGGUGACGCCCUGCUGCUGCUGAGGGUGCUUGCACCCCGAGAGGAAAACCGAGCACACGUAGCACAGGGUGGCCCCGCGCUGGCACCCAGCGCCCCAUCACCAUCAGUGGGUGACAUCGGGGUGGGUGACAGGCGGUGGUGGCACGGGGAAAAGGGGUUGGGGACGCUUGUCCCCAUGCUCCUGCGGGCCCCCGCUGCCCGGCCGGGCUGGGAUGAUGCCGUAUCGGUGGAUUUUCUGUCUUCUUCGGAGCUUUUCUCGGCUGUCUUCCAAGUAUUAUUUUUAUUGGGAAAAAAAAAAAAAAGAAAUAAAAAAAAAUAAAAAUGUGAAAUGUAAUUUUUACAGCAGCAAUAUGAAAUAUAUUUUAUAAGAAAUAAAAAGAAAAGUUGC